AUGGGCAAAGUAUCUCCAAAUGACCGGCAACCAAGAAGUGGGAGACAAAAGAGGCGGAUAAGGAAUUCAAAAGGCAAGUAUUUGAAACCUGGUGCCCUUGCCCAGCUACGAAAUACCAAGGCAUCAGCGUCUAAAUCUUGUACGGAUUUGGGAAAGAAAAGAGUCGAGCUUUUAAAUGCCAAGCAGGCUGAAGAUGCACGUCCUGAGAUUCCUCAAGUAAAAAACACAGAUGUUAUUCCAACCACACCUUUUUCUCCUGUAAGGUUCCAGUUUGCACCUUUAUGUGGGCCCGCCGAGCUGUUCAGCCCGGUUAAUUUACAGAGCACCCCCAGGACUCCUUAUGCCGGACAAUCCGAGUGCGAGUCGAGGCUUGAAUCUCUCCCGAUGGAUUUACUGGUGAAAAUUCUUUGUCACCUGCACCAUGAUCAACUAAGAGCAGUUUUCCAUGUCUCACAGAAAAUUAGAAAAGCAGUUGUGAUAGCAAGACAAUUCCACUUCAAUUAUACCACACCAGAUAGAUCAAGGCAAGAGAUGCUGAAUACAGUUACUCCACUCCCAACUGAUCACUGGCCUUUCAUGAGCAAGAGAAAUGGAAAAGGGUUGUCGAUUGUCAGCCCCCACACACCAAAGGCACCUAAACAUGGUCCCCGGCCACCCUCUCGUUUGAAGUUCACCGAGAUGCGGCAGAUUGCUGCAGUUCUUUUCCAGGAGUCUUCAUAUUCUUCCAGGUGUUUUGUGCCGUCAGUUUUGCAAAAGCCCCUCUGCAAAUCGUUGGGUUCCAACAGAGUCCUAUUCUAUGAGGAUGAGCUUUGCCAGGCUGUUGCUCAGAACAAACUCCGUUGA